UUGGAAAUUUUCACGUUCUUAUUGGUAUCAGAAAUUGGGUCGAAAUGUUCGAUAAAGCUGUUUCGGAAAAGUGAUUUGUGAAAAUGAUUGGAAAAUUCCGUGGGACGGAACCGGAAACAUCCGAUAUAUUGGGCUGGUUAAGUUGAAAUCGAUUAAUCUUUUCGGAUCGAAAUUCAAAGGUUUUUCAGCUAAAAUCAAUCAAAAGAAAAGAUGAAAAUCUCUAAUCAAAGGAAUAUCAACAAAUUCGUGGGAAAAUGAUUCUCAAAACAACUCAGAAUAUAUUCGCUUGAGACGAUGGAAGAAAAUAUGGCUAGAAUUUUAUGAACCCAGACAGACUGUCGCCAAAAAGUAGAGCCAGUUUUUCGUGACACGACGAGACGACGACAGAAAGCAAUAAAAAGGAAAGGGCAGCAGUAAAUUGUAAUUGGAACGGGACAACAACCGAUUACAGCAUGUAAUUAGAACCAGGUCCGGUGCAAACGUAGUAAAUUUAUGGUAGCAGAACAUGAGUUGUUCCGAGCAGCCGGAGUCAGCUCCGGGUGGCAAGGAUUGUUCCAGGGACCCAUCGGACGAAAUGGAAGAAGAGCUGGAAGGGGCAGUUGGCAACUGCCCUUUGUUAUCCUCCCACGAAAACCACCCAGAACGUCCGGGAGAACUGUUUCUGGGACCGGUGAGAACUGAUGACGACGAUCAUGAGGAUGAGGACCCGAUUGAACUGAAAAAUCAGGAACAGGAUAAUUUUCCUCCCACCCCGUAUGAAGAGUGUUUGGAUUUGAAAGCUUUUGAAAUCCUGGCGGAGCAGCAAAAGCUGGAAUUGGAACGGAAUCAUGAGCUUCCGGCUGCUAGCGAUGGUCAGCUGCUGGAAGCGGCCAGUUUGAAUUAUAUAGAUGGCGAACCCUCCCCGGCCCGAAACUCCCAAGCUCAAAACCAGCAGCAUCAGCAGCAGCCUUCUCCAGCAGCUUGUUGUUCGGCAGCAGCAAUCUCACCCUCGAGCAACGGUGGCGGUGGCGGCCAUCAUGGAGAUUCCUGCGGCUCGUCAACCUCUUCGGCUCCGUGUUCCGGGGUACGCCGGAAAGCCAAAGUUCCAACCACUUCCCAAGAAGACGAACCGAUGGCCAUAAAUGGAACCAAGAAGAAAGUUCGCCACAAUGGAUCUCUGAAAUCGUCGCCCUCGCAACCUACUACGGAGUAUUUGAGUGUAUGGACUACCACUAGUCCGACAUUGACGAGUUCUUUGGAUGAACGACAGGAAUCGAUCAUAAGUCCUAGUAUUCAAAUUCAUCGACCCCUCGAACGAUCUUGGCCUCCGAAGAAUCAUAAAAAGUCUAACUCUUCAAUGAUUCAGGGAGCGGAGGAAUUUUCCUUCGACAUCAUAGACACUGAUGAACCUUCUUAUGGAGCUAACGCUGAAGGUGAAGGUGAGGCAGGAGUCGAUUUUACUCCUGGAGAGUUUUUCGGGAAGAAUCCUAAACACAUCAAACAUGACAAGGUGGCACGUAUUAUAAGGCAACCUUUGGAAGGAAUUAUUGAAAGUGCUCCCUUGGCGACUCCGGAAACUGAUGGCAGUCUGUCGGAUAAUACUCCUUUGAGAUUGAAUCGACUGGAUCGGAAUGCCAAUCCAACUGAGAUCGAACCGGUGCAAGAAAUUCCGGAAACUAAUGUUAAACCUGUAUUGAAGCCUCCGUUGAAGAAAGCUACUCGUGCUGAAUACAGUUUUCCAGAAGAGGAUCGUCAACAGCCGGGAUGCUCCAGUGAUCCUGUAAUCGUUGUUGACGGGGAAUUAAGAGUAAUAAAGCCUCAUCGACCCUUAACUAGAGCACUGUCUAAUGGUAGAACUAGGCAGAACAUCAAAAGUCCUUUAACGCUUGGGGAAGCGAUGCAUGUAGAGCCUCUGAGACCCACUCACGUUCUGAUACCGAUUCAAAACCUUUCACCCAGAGCCAGAAGUCCUCCAUCAGGGUCAUCAACUAGGUCAGGGUCACCCUUGGAACAUUCCCCGGAUCGAUCAUCACCUGUAGCUAUCAUGCAUCCCAAACCGAUAAGACCGCAACCCCGUCCACUGACCAGAGUUGGGGUCACCCGGGCUGAUCUCAUUUGUCCUCCGACACCAACCCAUCAUGCUCGUAGACUGCGUGUUUCAUCUGAUGGAUUCGGUCCACCGGAACUUCGUCCUCGGAAUCUCUUCUCACCGGAAACCGUAGUUUCUCCGGAAAUGCGCUACAAUGAUUUGAUAGCAAUUACCGGAAGUAGAGUUGAUCAACUACGCGUAGCCGAGGGGCGUGAAGACGACAUUGAAACAGAUGUUUCCAUGCGCCAUCUUACAAGCACCAGACUUCCUUCGAUUCCCGAGAGAGCUCGAGGAGCGCUUGCUGAACCAGACGAACCCCUUCCACCUGCUUGGGAAGCUCGGAUGGAUAGCCAUGGGCGAAUUUUCUACAUAGAUCAUACAACCCGAACUACGUCUUGGCAACGACCUGGCUCGCACACAGGAAUGACCGGUCCAGAUCAGCACCGGCAACAGCUCGAUCGCCGAUACCAGUCAAUCCGUCGAACGAUCUACGAUAGGAGAGACCCAACCAGUGGCAGCAGAAGUCCUCCCAGAUUUGGCUUUGAACCCAUCAAUCCUAGACAAGUUGUCACCCAAACGGAAAAUCUCACCGUAGAUCGCUCAGCUCACCCCGCGCUCCUAAUGAUCUGCCGUCCAGAUUUUUACUCCAUGCUUCACACCAACACCGAUGCUAUUCUCAUCUACAACCGCAACUCUGCCCUCAAACAUAUGGUCUCCCGAGUACGGCGAGACCCCAGCUGCUUCAGCCGCUAUCAGCACAAUCGGGAUCUCGUAGCCCUAGUAAAUUGUUUCGCUUCUCCAGAAAAAGAUCUCCCAACCGGUUGGGAAUCGAAGAUGGACCAAAAUGGGAAACAGUUCUUCAUCGAUCACGUCAACCGCCGUACGUCUUUCAUGGACCCGCGUGUGCCUACCGACUGUUUGCGGUCCCGGCAUCGGCCGCCCUCAGAACAGUUGAUCGCUGCUGCUGCCGUCCCCGCCACCGUGUUGCCUCCGCCGGUUGAUGUGGCUCCGGUUCCGCCGCCGCGACCGCCGGCCUUGCCUCGGUUGAGUAUUGGAUCGCCAGAGAUUCCGGUGGCUUACAAUGAUAAGGUCGUAGCAUUCCUGCGGCAACCGAACAUUUUGGAGAUUCUUCGGGAACGGCACGGUGCCGCCGCCUGUUCCCGAAAUCUACGGGAAAAAAUCAACUCCAUCCGGGUGGAAGGAACCGCGGCUCUGGAUCGGCUCAGCCACGACCUUCAGCUGACGAUCCUGUUAAGGCUCGAUGUUGCCCAUCUACAGAACGAUGUGAAUGGCAAUUAUGAUAACGGAAUAAAUUGGGAAUGCUAUUAUCUAAAAUUGAAACCUUCGGGUUUGUAA